ACGCUAUAAGUUAAACGUGAGGGUCUCAUGGCUUCUAAGCCGAAAAGGGACUGCAGGAAUGACCAACCCCGCGCACGUGAAUAAACAGCCGUAAGCACUGAACUGCAGAGCGCGAGGGCAGUCUGAAAACUUACGGCGUUGUCCAUGGUGCUGAAACGCCACGCGAGUCUGCGAGGGGACUGACGAGCCUGUGAGCGUCAUCUUUUCCAAGACCCGUUUCAUACCUGAGCUCUCCAUGAGCCCGGCGGGGAUGAUGGACGUCUACAGUUUCAGACAACACAUUUGACACCAGGAAGAAGGACUUGUGGAUUUUAACCCUAAAUGAAGAAUCCGCCUAAGCUUGGACAAAAUGUUUCUGAAGACAUCAUUUGUCACGUACUUUCACUGGCUAUCAAUUUACUGACCAGCUGGAGCCCGAUUCAGCCAGUGACCGUUCAUUCAUUCAUCAACAUGUUUUGAAAAGAAAAUGAACUGAUGUAAUUAAGUUGCCCUUCAAGCAUAGGAGAUCUGCGAUUUAAUCUAAGAAGAGCAACUAUUCCCGCAGAGACAUGGCUCGCCUGCUUGUUUUGGUCAACUCCGUGGUCCUGUUGCUUUUUGGCAGCGACAUGUUCUUGGUAGGAGCAAACCGGCCACCAGCUCCUGUCAAUGUGUCCGUCAUGCACUUGCGGGCCGACUCGGCCACUGUGUACUGGGAGGUUCCAGAGGGAGAUAUAAUAAUCGGCUUCUCGGUCUCGCAACAGAGGCAGGACGGACACAUGCAGCGAUUCAUUCGGGAAGUCAACACCACCAGCCGCUCGUGUGUCCUUUGGGAUUUGGAGGAGGAGACAGACUACAUCAUCCAGGUGCAGUCAAUCGGCCUCUAUGGGGAGAGCCAAGCCAGCAAGAAGGUCCAUUUUCGCACCCUCAAGAAGACGGACCUCUUCCCCUCCAACAGCUCCAAUCAAGAUGACCCCACUGUGCAGGGCCUGGACAAGUCCCGGCAUCUACAAACAGGAGAGAUGAUCAUAAUUGUGGUGGUCUUGGUAAUGUGGGCAGCUGUCAUUGCCCUGUUCUGCCGGCAGUAUGACAUCAUCAAGGACAACGACUCCAGCAACAGUAAGGAGAAGGCCAAGCCGUCGUCAGAGAGGAGCACGCCGGAGCACCACAGCGGAGGGCUGCUGAGGAGCAAUUUUCAUCCUUCUGUGCCAUCUAUCAACAUAAUUGAAGUUUGAGAAGAAGCAAGACAAAGUUAAAUUCCUCUCUCUCUCUUCUACCAUCAAUGCAUUUCCCACCUUUCCACUGAGGAGGAGAAAAGCUGAAAACAUGUAGGCUAGUGUGUGUGGGUCGUCAUCAGUGAAUAAGGUUGGCUGAGGCUGUCACAUAUGCAUGCACACAGUAUGUGUAGGAAAACAUGUAACUACAGGUACACACCCAUCCACAUGACCCUACACACACACACACACACACACACACACACACACACACACACACAGAGUACAGUAGCUAACAGAAACCUACUGCUGCAGGUUGAUAGAAUACAAACUAACGUUAACCCACGGUGCCGUUAACAUUGAUGACUGCCAGGUUCUUGGUAUGUUAUUGCAAUACAAAACACACAAUCAUCUCUGGGAGGCCGGUCAUGACUUUAAAUUUGCAUUGUAUUUUUGAUAUUGGCAUGUGCAGUUAAGACACUAAGUUAACCUGUUAUAGGCACUUUAGCUCUAAGUAAAGCAACAUUUAUCCAUUGCAGAUUGUGUGAACACAUUGCCUCAUUACAAAUGUAUAUUAUCCGACUGCUGCGAGCAGACUGUGAAUAAUGAGAGAAAGCAAAUUCAUGUAUUCAUUUGUAAGAACCGCCACAACGACAUGUCUUAAUUUUUUCUAAUAAUAUUAAAAUACCAUUUUCUGGAUAACAUUGUAUUUUUUCAUAUUUCAUAAAUAAUAAACAUUGUGUUUGUGCAUAUUUCAUUCAUUUACUAAAGUUGCAUGCAGGUCAUUUGCACGUAGAAUAGCAUUUGAUGUGCAGUUAGGCGCCAACAACAGAGAAAUAAACACGAUUGCAGUCCUGUGAAGCCGUUAAUGUUUUCUUCUAUUCCGCCUGCUUUUAGAACAGGUCAUUAUCUGUUCAUCCAGCGUUUCAUCCCAGAUCUUGUACAUUUCCUGACAAUUGUAUUUCCUGAAGUGUAAAAUAAACCUUCUCUUGAAUGUCCCAUCA